CUAUCUAUCUAUCUAUCUAUCUAUCUAUCUAUCUAUCUAUCUAUCUAUCUAUCUGUGCAUGUAUGUAUAUAUAUGUGUGUAUGUGUGUGUGUAUAUAAAUAUACAGUCGUAUGCCUGUAUGUCGACACAUGCUUACAGCCUGUCUGUCUGUCCUCAUGCCCUCGGCGAAAAAUUCAAACCCACAAGAAAACAUUUGAAACACCGGAUUAAAAAUAUAAGGAAAAAAAGCGAAGACAACCUCUUCUCAGAGUAACAACAACAACAACAACAACAACAAGGAUAAGAAGAAAGCAAUAAUCGACAGAAAAGACAACACCAACAAGUUUAACAAAAAAAUAAUAACAAGAACGGAAUUAUUUUAAUAAUUAUACACAAAUAACAAAACAACAAAAGUGAAAUAUUUUUUUCUCAAUUUCCUUGUAAGUUUAUUGAUACACACACACACACAGACACACACAUAAUGUAGAUUUAUUUAUUGAUAUACGUAUAUAUGUAUCUAUCUAUCUAUCUAUCUAUCUAUCUAUCUAUCUAUCUAUCUAUCUAUCUAUCUAUAUAUAUAUAUGUAUAUAUCUGUUUAUACACUUGCACAUCAGUAUACAAACGCAUACAUAUAUUUAUAUACACACGUACAAAUCACGGAGUAAUACUGAUAUACCAAUACUUACAUAAAUACACACUGUCUAUCUAUCUAUCUAUCUAUCUAUACACAUACACAUGCCCCCUCUCUUUCUCCCCCUCUCUCUCCCCCGCCCUAUCUCCACACACAAAUACACACACACAUAUAUAUAUAUAUAAUUUAGCAACACCUCUUCGUCAAUCUUUACUUUCUACAUGCUGUUUGCAAUUCUCUUAACUUUUCCCGUUUCCAACACCCAACGACAGUAGACCGGCUCAAAACACUUACACACACACACACACACGAUAUAUCAAUAUCUACAUCUCUACAUUUGAUACAUAUUUUAGUUACACGUCUAAUAUAUAUUUAUAUACAUCCCAUCUAAUACACACCUAAAUAACUGAUGGCUAUUCUCAUCGGCAAGUGGUUAAACUCAGUCAGUAUCAAAUGGUUAAUUAUGAUCCUAUGGGCGUUUAUCUGUGUGUUGCUGUUUUAUCGAACGUUCAACCGUUACAAAUAUGAGCCACGGUUCUACUACGUACACCAGAUGUUAGGGUCAUCGCUGUGCAUCUCACGUGGGUCAGCGUCUGUGAUAAAUCUCAAUUGUGGAUUGGUUCUUCUACCCAUGUGUCGAGUCGUAGUUACUUCCUUACGUGGCAUACUAAGAAAGAUGAGUAUGUACACGAUGCGAGUGAUCAUAGAUUCGUGUAAAGGCUUCCAUAUAGCGUGCGCCUAUGCUAUAGUUCUUUCUUCAGUGAUCCACUACACUGCUCACGUGAUUAACGCCAGAAAUUUCUCAAUGAACUACAACAGAAUCUAUACAAAUGUCAACGCAGCUAAAUACCAAUACGAAGAUCCUCUUUGGAUUAUCCUAGGUACAGGUUGGUAUUAUUUCUUGAAAGACAAAGUCUUGGCACACGGUCAGCAUUUUGGGGAGGAGGGAAUAAGUCGUUUACAACGACUCCAAAAACUCAUCUGUUGCCUGCCUAAUGAAGAUAAAAUAAUAAAACCUGAAAACAAACUCUACACAAACGAUGAAGUCGUCAAUUUUAAGCGCUACUUUUCUCUUUAUAUUUUACAGUCAUAUUUAUGGGUGACAGCUCCAAUCUUGCUUUAUAUAGGUGACGUAGUGUACCGGAUACGCAGACGAUCCACUUCAACUCAUAUUAUCCAAACGGUGUUGCACGACGAUGUAAUCGAAUUAAAGAUGGUUAAAGACGGAUUAACAGCCCAUGCAGGUCAGUAUGUGCUGCUGCAAUUUCCAGCCAUCUCUGUCUUUGAAUGGCAUCCAUAUUCCUUAACAUCGUGUCCGAAGAAAGGGUCAGCCUUCACAGUCCACAUUCGAUCCCGCGGCGACUGGUCAGGUCGUCUGCGUAAGCUGAUUGAGGAUUGCCAAGAAGAAAGCCAUUACAUCAAUGAAGAAGCAGACAACAUUGCCAGAACGCAAAAAGUCAAGGUGAACCUCGACGGUCCUUUCAGCAGUCCGAUGGAAGACAUGAGCACUUAUCGUCUGCUUUUGUGUAUUGCAGGGGGCAUUGGAAUUACUCCGUUCGCAUCGUUUCUGGAUGCUUUCAGGACAAAUAAAAAACAACAAUGGAAAUUUCGACGAAUAUAUUUGAUAUGGAUUAAUAAGAAUAUACAAAAUAUCCGGUGGUUUGGAGAAUUGAUCCAUUCUUUACAUGAAGAGCUUUGGGAAUCUAAUCUUCCUGAUAUUUUUGACGUACGAUUCCAUUUUACUGAAAUAAGCAAGAAUUUAUGCGACGAUUUACCAGUUUCGUACCGAGAAUAUGUAAGAAAGCGGCUCACAUAUGGAAGACCAGACUGGACAGAACUGUUUAAUGAAAUUGUAGCGUCACAUCCCACGCAUCGAGUGGGCGUUUUUGCAUGUGGACCUAAGCAAUUGACAAAAGACGUGAACAAGCAAUGUUGGCGGAAGUAUUCCAACAAAACCACAUUUGAUUUCCACGAAGAAAUAUUUUGAUUUAUAAAAACUAAUUCACUUUGUCUGAAACAAAAUCUUCUUGGACGACAAGAUUUCAGUAAACCUAACAUAUUUUGACCAUCUUGUUUGUUCAAGUCGUCAAUUCAUCAUCUACUUUCAUCACCAGAAACAUUUCUUCUUAGAUGGAACACCACUGAAGACGAACGUUUGAGAUGAGAAUCUCUUCACGGUUAUAUUUCCUGAUCUUUUCAAAGAAAUUAUAGAGAUUCUACCUUCACAUAAAAUAUUGUAUACGAGAAUUCAACCCCUUAUUUAAUUCUAUAUUAUUUUACGUAUUUUUUUUCUUUGUGAAAUCUUUGUUAAAAUUGAAACCUUGUGUUGUUCUUGGACGCGAAAGCAAGAAAGAAAAAUAUAAAGAAUAUUUGUUGACCAAAUAUGGUUAUGUACAACAACGUUCAAUGUACAUUUAUUUGUAUUUGUUUAAAUCGAAAUAAACUGUUGGCCGUCUGUUGGCACACCGUG